CCAUUGUCCUGCCAAACGGACGUCGAAGGCGUAGCAGGUCUUCGUUGCAAUUUAUGUGGACAUAGGAGUGCAAAAUGCCUUAUUGUUGAUGAAAUCCGCUCGAUCAGUCAUUCGACGAGCCCCCUUCGAUGGUUGCUGUAGGUCGCAAGGAUCACCAAAGGUGUGAUUCAACGGCGACACUGUACCUUGGCCACCGGUUCAACCAGAUUAUUCUAAAGCCACAUUUCCCGUAUAUGUGCGUCAGCUCAUGGUCCCCCUGCGCUUCUUGUGUAUAAUGAUGUCCUUAAAAGGCAACGGUUAAGGGACGAUGCGUUACUUUAGAUAUUUUGUAAGGGGCUUUUAACGUACCUACUAUAAUUGGACCAUUAUCAGUCAUCGACACCUGGAGUAUUUUCUUUCUGUGUCUAAAACAUUAUUUACGAAUGCGAAUCGGAAGGUACUAUUUCCGAGAUAUGAAGUACAAGCCAGAAAAAAAUGGUGGGUUACUUUUUCCCCAACCUAAUAACGAAAUAUUAAGCCGGUGCCAGACGAAGCGUAAGCCUAGCGUAAAGCGUUAGGCGGGCAAAAUAAAGCAAAGUUUUCUUGAAAAUUCAAAAUUCGAAGCAAAAAUCGGCUACAACACUGUGCCGUUGUUUUGGCUUUGAGGUUAGAAACUCGAGUGAAAAAGGGAAAUUUCAAACUCCUUUUAACACAUUUCGUGAAUUUAGUGAUAAUGGUGAUAAGAACAAAUUAGUAUACGGCCUUAGUAGCCGGUCCUUGAGAUAGAAGAGGGCUAUAUCAUCAGAGUAGCUUACCCAGAAAACUGAAUUCAAUAGCCGUCCCGGGGUAAAUCCUCGCUCAAAAAGAAGAAGAAGAAUUUGUUAAGAACGGCUAACUUUGUUGAGAAAACCGGUGUAAAUUGUAAAAAUAUUCAUAGUGAAAAUAAGCCUCUUCAGCGCAGAUGGCCAAUUUAAGAUGAAGUCGGAAUCUCUCCGGUGCUAGCGCUUCAUAGGCUUCUCCGAGCAAUCUUCACCCGGUAAAGAGCGGCGGGAGCGGAUCGCGUGGUCUAGAUCGAUUUAGUGAGGUCACGGGCGGCUGAGUUAGGGACGGCAAUGAUGAACGCGAAUAUCCUUAUGAAUUUGGGCACUACGGUGAUACCCUCGGUCGUGAUUGUUAUCGUGCUCAUUUUUACACUGGCCAACUUAUAUCUCAACAUACGGCGCCGGUUUCCGGUGAAGGUCAACUGUUGGUUUUGUAAUGCGAACACGAGCGUACCGUACGAUCAAGCAAAUAGUUUCGUCUGCCCGUCAUGCGCCCAGUACAACGGAUUCACCGCCGACGGAGAUUACAACCGGGAGAUACCGGAGCAAUACCAGCAGAGGUACCAUGGCCGGUACUGCUACACACAGCCGCGUAACAUAACGGACGAUGACAAGUGGGGCACUACCAGAAGUGUCGCAUCGGCUGGUAAUAAUGGGCUGUGUUUCGGUUGCAAUCGGAACCAGGAACUUAAAAUUCAUCAACUGGCAUCGUUCGUCCCGGAGGACGAGAAUAACUAUGACGCCGAGGUGGAAGACUACCGGAAACAAUUGGAACAAGCGUACAAGCUAUGCGGCCGUUGUGAGCGCAUCCUGAAACGUACCCUGAAUGACGUGAAGCGUAACAUUCUUGGUUCAAAACUGGCCCAAAUCGGUAGCAAAGGACUGAGUGUGCUAGAUAUGCAUAUACGCGCCUCGUCAAAGCAAAUCGCUCGCCUAAACCGUCAGCGAUGGGCCCGCCUCUGCGUGUACGCCAUCACAUUGCUGGUGGCACUGAAACUGCCGCAGGAAUUCAGCGAUGCCGGAUGGGCGAUUGCAGAUAUAGUAGCGCUUUGUCCUGCGCCGUUGAUGAAUCUGGGAACGAACUUACUUUCCUACAUGCUAGCACUGUACCAGCUGAUAAACGACCAAGUAGGACGUCUUUUGGCCGAACCGGCAAUCCAGCAUACCACGGAACGUAUAGAGACGCUUGGAGUGGAACUAUUCCAAAUGUACGGUACUCCCCUGGUGUGCACUCCUAAACAAUUUUUCGAUUCAUUCACCGAGCAAGUCGCGAACAACCAGGAUGCAUCGGUGCUGUUGAAUGUGGCCAUCAUUGCUCUAGCUGCCAUGCUCGCUUCGCUAGGCUCUCAGCGGACGGCACUGAAACAGAUUGUGAUUAUUACACUGGCGCUAGUCGAUUGCUUUUUGCGGUAUGAAUAUCGACGAAUAGAUCUCGGACUCUAUUUUAGUCUAAUCGCGCUAGCGCUGGCGGUGAGCUGCAUAGGACAGCGAUCCAUACGAAGCGAUGUAGCCGAUGGUAAUCUUAACUCAAGCUUUCACAAGAUCUACUCGCAGCAGUGCAGUGAAGCCGAUUACUCGGACGCUGACACGACGGCAGGAAACCAGUCGUUCAAGCACGGUCCAGAUACUGAUUCUGCGACCACAGCUUGUCAGGUCUCUCCCCCAACACCAUACGCUGUAGCGAAUGCCAGCCGCAAAUCGCUCGAUACAACCAAGUCUUGUAGUCCCUCAUCGACAUUUUCCUUAUCAACCAUGAAUCCAUUUUACACGUCCGGUAACGGUCACUCGCCUACCUCUGUUGGCAUGGAAACAAGUAAAAUCAGUGGUUCCUUAUUCAAUAUGCCGGAAGCGGUGAAUGAAGUCGCAUCAUCUUCGGCAUCGGUGUUCAAUCGUUCGACCAACGCUGGAUCGAGUUCCCUGCUAAAAACUCCCUCAUUUUCGGUAGCCGAUUUCUCCAAAGUAACACCACAGAUCGGCAGUAGAACGGCCGAUGACCGGCACCAAAGUCUCAAAGGGGGUGGUGGAUUCCAUCACUCCAUGAGUAUCAUCAAUCGGCAGGCGAUGCAGUCGCUUCGAGAGGAUCCUUUGAUUGAGGAUGAUAUUGAUCGGCUGUCGAUCAGUGGUCGUGCCUCGCUCAAUGCGUCCCGUUCUAGCCGCAUGUCACUUGGGGGUAGCAAUCCCUUCGCCCAGAUCGACCAUGAUACCGCAUCAUCGGCGACACUACGUCGCAGACGCAUCGUACCACCCUUAGAAAUGUUCCCAGUAGUCGAAGAGUCCCCGUGGUCACAGGUGACAGCAACUGGCGAAGUAGGUGCGACGGUGCUCGGCCAACCGCACAUGUCACGUACCUCGUCGCAAAGUUCUGGUUUCGAGUCACAGAGUGCAACCCGCCGAAACACACCGACGGAAGUGGAUGCCCUAUCCGUGUACACAGGUGCUGACAGUACUUUACGCCAUGAGCAACCGCCAUCUCCCGUACCAUCGUCCGCAUCAGUCCUGUACCGGAAUCCUGGUAACAGCAUGCCAUGGUCAAGUAACCAUCGGCAACAGCAGCACCAUCAUUCGCUGUUCAGUCAUCAGAGUCUUUUCAAGCAUGCGGCUUAUCAACCACCGUUCAAUGGACCAACGGGAGGUGGGUUGUUUUUCACGCGUCCUACCGCUUACCAUACGGCGACCAAUGGUUUCAGCAGUGGUUCUGUGACAGGAUCUACCACUAGCUCUUCUGCUGCAUCCACGGCGCAUCGCAAUUUCGGCCACAUUUUCCCUCCUCAACAAUCACAGACACCUUCGUACCAUUAUCAUCACCACCAUCAACAGCAGCCAUCAACACUAGCCAAUAACAACAACUCACUGCUGCUCAAUUCUUCUUUCCUCGGCGCUUCUGUACCGACGACUACGGACAGAUCCUCGCUCUUCAAUACAACUGCCACAGUUGGUUUCUCAGGAACAGUAGCAGGCUCUGUCACACCGCAACCACCACAUCCUUCCUUUGUUGGAGCUAGCUUUUCAGGUUCCACCACAAAGGCUACUACUGCCAAAUUGCGCGCGAGCCUGCUUGAUCUUGCUAAACUAAACAACGAAUUGAACGAAGGGAAAGUUAUGCCCACUGCCUAGGUAGUUUCACUGCCGAAAUAGAUAGAUCAAUGGGAAGGAAAAGAUGCAACGGGCGGGUGAUGUGAGAGCAGCCCCACGCGCGUGGAACACUGAUAUGCUGUUCCUCCUUUUCCUCUCGGUAAAUAUGUGUGAUUUAAUAAAUUUUUUCUUAAUAAUUUUGUAGUUCUCUACUCACUA